AUGCGUUUAUUCAGCGCUCCCUCGGCCGUCCUCGGCCUGGUCGGCAUCGCAUUCCUGCCGUCCGUCGUCGCAAAGCCAUAUCCUGUACACAUCGAAGGAUUAGAAGCCUACCACAACGGCUCGCAGAUCGAGAGGCGCGCCUGCGACAAUGGCGGCACACCAUGUGGCUACUACGGCAAGAUCUGCUGCGUUGCGGGAUCCCAGUGCUUCACAGAUGCCAACGGCCAGGCGCAAUGCGGUGACGUUGGUGUGCAAGUAACACAGACGGGAGCGGGCAACUGGCAGUACAGCACGACGACAUGGGUCGAGACGGUUGGCCUUGUCACCAAGACGUCUGUCGCCAGCAACUUCAUCCCUGCGGUAGCGACGUCUACCUGUAAAGACUCGCAGUCGCCUUGCGGCUCCAAGUGCUGCGACUCGGGCUACUACUGCCUCACCUCGGGCACGUGUUCACUGAUUGGGGGUGGCUCUUCGGGCGGCAUCUUGCCCACGCCUUCUGGUACUUUGACCCCCUCUGCUCCCCUCCGGCCCACAAGCUCAGGCGUUGUGAUAGUCACGUACACGGGCACGCCUACGGCGACAGUACCGUUCUCUACCCCCGUCCCGACGGGCGCAAACGGUGCCCUCGUCCCCGUGGGCGCGAGCGGCGGCGGCGGCCUCUCGGGCGGCGCCAUCGCGGGCAUCGUCAUCGGCGUCAUCCUCGGUAUCCUCCUGCUGCUCCUGCUCUGCCUGUUCUGCUGCGCGCGAGCCCUCUUCGACACCAUCCUGGCCAUCUUCGGCUUCGGCAAGAAGCGCAAGCACACGCAUGAGGAAACCUACGUUGAGGAGCACCACCACUCGGGAGGCGGCGGGGCCGCCGCUGGUGGCCGCUGGUACGGACAAAAUAGGCCUGCCCGCCCGUCGCGGCCCAUGUCUGAGAAGAAGACUGGAGUAGGCAAGGGCUUGGGUAUGGCGGCUGCGCUAGGAGGGCUCGCCUUGGCAUUGGGCCUGAAGAGGAAGCACGACAAGAAGGAUGAUAAGAGCACAACCGUCAGUGGCUCAAGCUACUAUUACAGCGAUUACACGAGUUCAAGCAGCGCAAGCUCUUCCGAUCGCCAUACCCGCCGCACACGACACUCGUCAAGACGAUGA